UUGUUACCGGUUUCCAAAUUCCAAGCUGCUGGUCUGUCCUCUGGUCUCAGUAGUGGAGCAAUAACUAUAAUCGAUUAUCUAGUAGCAACGGCGAAUCAAAACGGUGAGUACCCAAUCGGAGUUCAAUCGCCGGAAAAUGCAGCCUAACUCCGCGGAUUCGGACCUUCCAAGCCUUGCCAACAUCAAAGUUCGUUCAUCUUCCCCGCGCUUUCCGCCUCCCGCCACCCCGUCUUCCACCGAUACCCCAACCGCCGGAGCCCAGCGUAAGAUCGGCAUCGCCGUAGACCUCAGCGACGAGUCUGCCUUCGCCGUCAAGUGGGCGGUCCACCACUACCUCCGUCCCGGCGACGCCGUGAUACUCCUCCAUGUCCGCCCCACCUCUGUUCUCUAUGGAGCUGACUGGGGUUCCGUUGACCUCUCCAUCGUCGACACUGACAACGAGGAGUCGCAGCAGAAGCUGGAGGAUGAUUUCGACACUUUUACUACUACUAAGGCCACCGAUCUGGCUCAACCGCUUGUGGACGCGCAGAUUCCGUUCAAAAUCCACAUCGUUAAGGACCACGAUAUGAAGGAGAGGCUCUGCCUCGAGGUCGAAAGGCUGGGACUCAGUGCCGUCAUCAUGGGGAGCCGUGGAUUUGGGGCUACUAAGAGAGGAAACGACGGAAGGCUUGGCAGCGUUAGUGAUUACUGUGUUAGACAUUGCGUUUGCCCUGUAGUUGUUGUUAGAUAUCCCGAUGACAAGGAAAGUGGAAAUGCUAGUGGUGAACCUAUUGUCUCUGUGGCCUCAGUAGCCGAGGAGGAGGAAGAAGACGAGCCGGAGUACCACGAUGCUCAUGAUGAUCGAAAAGAUUCAUAAUAGAAAGCCGAACCCAACUUCACACACCCUUCCGUGAUAGGAGCAUAGUACUUCUGGGCCCUGGUUCUCUCAAUCUAGUUACUCUCUUGUUUUGCAGUACCAAGGCAAUGCAGUUUACAAAGUAUAACCAUGGUGUAUGAUGCUUGUGACUGAUCAGACACUUGUGAUGCAUGAAAUCAUGUUAAUGUAAAUAAACUGUGGUUGAUGUUUCUCCCAUCCUCAUAUAGUCUGGUUGUCACAGAUUUCCUGUGAACUGUAUUAAAUGUUUGGCUUGGUGUUGUUUAUUCCGGAUUAGCAUCAUAUAUUACUCGUGUUUUUCACUGAUGAAUGGAUCAUUGCUAUGCACGUUUUCACUCUGAAUCAAAAUUUAGGGCUGCAUGUAAUUUUCAGAAA